AUGGAGCCCCGCAAAACCCCUCCGGAAUACUUCCUAGAGAUCUUCGCAGACACGACUACAGUCAGAGACGUGUUAAAAGGCGUCCUCAACCUAAUCUUUUUCCAUCGAUACUUCCCAUCAAUCCGCCCAACUACAUUUGACGUCCUUGAUUUUACACUCCCAGCAAUCAACGAUGUAGAUUUAGACACCCUGAUUGACUCGCGUAUCAGCGCCCUAGUUCGGCAGCACUCCUCGUCGGCCGCGGGUGCGCAUGAUUCAAACGGCGUGCGCGGGCGCAUUGCCGUCGAGUUCUACGAAAAGAAGCGCAGGCGCUCGAAUAUGUGGUUCCCAGCGUUAGCAGGAAAGGGGGAAGACGAAGUUUGCUGGGAGGUAUGGAAUUUAGAUGUAACAGUUGCUACUCCACGGACGGAAUCUGAACGCGCAAAGGUCCGCAAAGCAAUGGAGAACAUGCUGCAAAAGGCUGCGCUCAAGAUUCUAGCCGUCGUCAACCGCGAUAAAGAUCAUAUCCCCCCCAUCACCACGACCGAAUCGAAUCCGUUUCCUUAUCGCAUCAUCCUGAACCCACGCACCGAUGGAUGGCAGAACCGGUUCGGCUUAUAUUGA